GCGCAGUCGACUGACAGUCACGGCCAAUCAGCAAAGCGCGGCGGUUGUUGUUGUUAAUUUAAUCAAUUUCUCUUAUUAUUGUUCAAUUAUUUCGAAAAUAUAUUGAACAUAGUUUAGAACAAGUGUUGUGGUAAAAUUGGAUCCUAAAAGAAAUUGUUAAAUUACAAAAGCCAAUGGCUCCAGAUCCAGAUAGAAGACACGUCAGUUUUCCUUAUCUGAAGUACCCACCACUCCGCGAUGUGGAUCCUAAGACACCUCAACAAUGGAUCAAGGGCAAACAGCUUCAGGACGGAGCUGAAGACCUAUGGAGAAUCCACGAUGGUCUCUACGAUAUGACAGAUUUUAUUAAGUCGCACCCAGGUGGAUCAGAAUGGCUUCUUAUUACUAAGGGUACCGACGUAACAGAAGCGUUUGAAACGCACCACUUGAAAGGAACCGCGGAAACGAUCCUUCCAAAACACUUCGUAAAAAAAGCGAAAACUCCCAGAAAUUCCCCAUUUACCUUCAAAGAGGACGGAUUUUACAAAACACUGAAAUCAAAGGUUUCUGAAAAAGUAAAAGAAAUACCAAAGGAUAUAAGAAAAAAGAGCGAUGUCGUCACCGAUAUUUUGUUUAUCGGUCUGAUUGUUUUAAGCCCCCUUUGUUGUUGGGUUUGGAGCAAAAGUUAUGUUUUUGGAGCUGCGUUUAUUCUUGCGAAUGGCUUGGUUUUGAGCGGAUUAACAGUAUGUGCUCAUAAUUAUUUCCACCGGACGGACAGUUGGAGAAUGUACUUGUUUAAUCUUAGUGGAAUGUGUUAUUCAGAUUGGCGAAUAUCUCACGCGCUAUCACAUCAUUUACACACAAACACGUUACAGGACAUCGAAAUAAGCAUGAUAGAGCCUUUCUUAGUGUUUACUCCUUAUAAAGAUAAAACCAUUUUGGCACAGUUGGGCGCCUUCUAUUGGCCACUUAUAUACACAUUUUCCACCUUGACACUUAUGAUUAAAGGAAUGAUAACAAGUGUCAUCAAGCACGAAGGUAAAACAAUAAAAUGGUCUGAUAUGAUUGCGUUCUUCCUGCCUGUUUGGAUGUGGUUGUUCGGAGGGCUCUCCUUACCCUGGACAUUACUUAUGUGGACAGCGACUUUAAUGACAGCGAGUUUCUUUUUUAUGGUCUUUGGCUUAACGGCUGGACACCAUUCGCAUAGAAACUUCUUUGAUGGAGACGUUCCAAGAGAGGAAUACAUGGACUUCGGAAUUCACCAAUUGGACACAAUAGUAGAACGCAUCGAAUACGCUGGGAACCACUUCAAGUCCAUCACGAGGUUCGGUGAUCACGCCUUACACCAUCUAUUCCCGACACUGGACCACGCCGAGCUCAAAUACCUCUACCCAACUCUCAUAGAGCAUUGUGAAAAAUUUGAAACUCAUCUCCGUACAAAUACGUUUUAUGAAGCCCUAAUAAGUCAUAGUAAACAAAUAAUUAGGAAGCGACCUAAUAAUUUUAAGGACAAUAAACUGCAUUAGGACUAGUUUUAGCUGUAAAAUAGGGUUAUUUUUUGUCUAGUCCCUUAUAUAAAAUAAAACCGAUCCCCCAGGGAUAGGUUUCAUUUUAUAUAGUUUUAUUUUCCCAUCGGAUCCCCAAUGCCCCUGCAUGAUUAAGAAUAAAUAUGAAUAUUUUAUUCCCACCUGAUACCCUAAUACUUACAAGUUUAUUUUUGGUAGGUACUGUGGUACAGUCAUCAAGAAAAACUAUUUGAGGGUUGUGCUGUAUUUUAUUUAGUUUAUUAUAAAUGAACUAAUAUAUAGAAACGAACUAUAAUACAAUAACAACUUUAGUGAUCAAGGUAUAACCCUUUGUUAUUUUCUUAAAUACUACUUAAUACUGAGUUUUGUUAGUUGUGAUUCGCAAUAUGUCAAAAUUAAUGACCUGUCACAAAAAAGAAUUGAUAAUGUGAUAAUUAUAACAUUUGAUCAUAAUUGAUCAAUAGAUGAAUAUUUGAUUUCAAAACUUCUUUUCUCUUGACUGUACAAGUACAAUGAGGGGAUUCGUUGGGAUUUGCAAAAUAUAGAGGGGAUCACAAGAGAUUUAAAAUUGUGGAUCAGUGGAUCAGUUUAGGGGAUCAUAUGGUAAUAACCCGUAAAAUAUUAGUUAAAAACUAAAAUAAAGUUCCAGGUAGUAAAUGAUUAUAUUUAGUUACAAAUUCAAAUACAAAUACAAAUACUAAGUGUACUUGUCUCCCAGUUGACUGACAAACAUCAGUAGACAGUAUAUUUGUUUACCCUCUUUCACUGUCGACCACUAUCUUCAUCUUGACUUCAUGCGGCGUUACUAUUGUCAUUCUUCCCGACACAUUCAUUGUAUCUGAACGUAAAACUGGAAAUAGUCAACCCGUGGCUAUAGAAUUUGUAAUCGCUCGAGAAAAAAUCAAAAGCAUGCCAUGGUAACAUAUCAUAAGUAGUGAUAGUCGUCAUUAAAAAAGACUACGAAAAUCUUGAAAUAUAUAACAAUUUAUUAAAGCAGAGAUAACACUGGUCGUAGGGUUCUGUGUCUAACCAGACCCCGCCUGGGUAAACCGCCUAAUUCCCAAUGCGGGACUGAUAAUCUAUCUUUCGGGUCAGUCUUUCUAUUUUAUAAGUUGUUUCUACUAUUUAUACAAUUACUUAUUUAUACAAUUACUUAUUUUUUAAUAUUGUAUACAGAGGUGAAUAGGGACAUAAAAGCAUGAUUAUUUGCUCAACAAAGUAAUAGAUUCAAAAGUAUCAAUUAGUAUUUAUGUUAGCAAGAGUAUCAGGCUGUGGGCUAAGCUUAGUUGUACGUUUAGUAUGUAAAUAUUCACCCAGAUACAUAAUUCGCACCACCUUGCAUUUUUAAAUACAAAAAUAUAAUUGGAAUCAAAGAAGUUUUCCCCGGUUUUACAAAUUCAACAUUUCAACAAGGACGUACGAAAAUGACGUUUAGUAUUACUAAUUCCCAAAUUGCAUAAUAGCUUUUCAUUAAAAUAAUUAUUAAUAUAAAGAUCGAACACUAAGAAAAACAUUCUUCGAUCCAUCUGGAUUCGAACUAAGCCACGGAAAGAACC